AUGAUCAAUAACUUAGUGUGCUUCUCCGACUUUUUAGAAAAUGAAGUGGACAUCGUUGUUUUUGCAACACUGACCGAAGAUGAUCUGAAUACAAUCGGAGUGCAGUCAUUUGGUGCGAGGCGAAAACUCAGCAUACUUAUCCAGCAGAUGAAUAAAUCCAAAUUAGCUGAGAUUACUGUUGUGGUAAGAUUUGAAACGGAUAUAUAAAUGUAGUUAAAGUCAAUUAUAGUUACAAUUACAACAAUUACAUUGUUGUCGCACAGUAAUUCAACAGUGCGGAGAGUUAUAAAUUAUACAAUUGUGAAGCAGUUACUGUAUGUAUAUUCUUCGUUAUUGUCGCUGUUCUUUGUUUUUUCUUUUCUUUUUUCUUUCAGCCUUAAUUCCAUUUGCCCGCCCAUUUUCUACCUACCUACCUUCCCAUUAUAUGUAUCCCAUUCGAAUUAUGAGAAAUACGUACUAAAUUAUAGUAUAGUAGCUACCUAAUAUUUUGUCAGCUUAGACAUAUUAGGGCCUUUACUGGGCGGACAGCACUUGAUUUGCACUAAACAUUUCAUUUGAUUUACACUCGAGUGCCAAAGGCGUAAGACCGCUAGGGAGAAUGGAAGCAUGCUCCCUCAGAAAUGUAGUAACUAGCUCAGCAAGUUCUCGUGUGCGGCAGGUUAUAUGCGAGAAACAGAAUUGAUACAAGUUGUAUAAUCCAUUAAUCCUUUUAUUGUACUGUACUCUAGGAUGAAUCUAAUGAACCUAUUACCUCCAAAAUUGUGCAACAUCUAGAAAAGCCCAUUGAUGAUGAAAAGAAAAGAAAAUUUGAAUGCACUUAUAUUUCACCUUGCAAAAAGGUAAUUACAGUACUUGUUUAUUAAUAUAAGCAAUUACAUUGGCCUGUCCGUAACAACUUUAGGCGUCACAGUUUGUUUGUUUGUUUGUGUAAAAACCCACCAGAAAUUUAGACAUUUUGAAAAUCGUGGUGGAUAAAAUGGGAUAUUAUGAAGACUUCUUCAGUGUAAUUAAUAAAAGUGAAGCAGUUUGAAAUUUAGAUGAAAUUUAAAUUUACUUAAAUAUGCCACAUCAUUUGACGUAUUAUAGAUUAACUUCAACAUUAAAGAGGCUAUGAAAAACCACACUGAUGGUUGCAAAGUAGAUAUGCACUUGGAUGAAGGUGGUAUCUUGUCCAAUAAACAAAGACGGACACUGAUUAAAAUAUCAGUGUCAUGCUUAGUGGAACAAUGUGGUCUGUAAGUAUAUGAUGUACACUUAAUGUCUGCUCCCAAGGGAAGUGGUUUUAUUUUCUCGAGUUUCAGUGCUUCCUUAGACCAAGUUGAGGGAAACAAACAUUAUGAUUCGAGAGCAUGUGAAAAAAAAUAAUUUCACAUGGGAACAGACAUUUGUAUCAAUGGUAAUAUUAACUGGAAAAAAGUGACAUAUUAAGUUCUAUAAUGUUUUUUAAGUUGGUUAUUAGGUUGCAGCUACAAGGGCCUAGGGGCCUCGGUGGCCAAGUGGUUAGCGCACUUGCCUUAAUUUCACCUCUAAGGUCGCAGGUUCAAACCUAAAUGAGAAUUUCUCAAUGUGAAUCGAACCCAGUCCUCACGUAAAAAGAGUAAAAGUCAACGCUCUGCCGAAGGUCGUGGGUUUUCUCCGGGUACACCGGUUUCACAGGGAAAGUUGACAGGGUGGGUUAGGCGUUAGGGGGCAGAUCAUUAAUGAGGUAUGCACUAAUAAGCGGCUGCUUAAAGCGCCAUUUGUAAGCUUAAAGUUUACCUCGGCCUGCUUCACACCAGUUCCGGCUGGAAUUCUAAUGCGCACUUGAUCAUAUACAUAAUAUGUAAAAUCGCGCAAUAGAAAUAUUAAAUAUUAUUACACGCGUAAAAAUCUCACAUCUUGUAGCAAGUGUGCCAACAAGCCGUCAACAAGUUGUGUUUGCACUGCUUGUCCCAAGUUGUCAACAAGUCUGGAACAAGCUGUUUACAAUUUGUAACAACCUUGUUGAUAUUAUCACAAGGUUGUUCCAACACGUAAGGUGGACUUCAAUAAUUAGGAUUCUUGCACUUCACUUGGUGGAAUUAAUAUUAGAAUGUUAGGGUUUGUGAUCCAAGUGAGAAUAUAUACAUUUUAAGACCUAACCAGGAACGACUGCGAAAAAUGCAGCACAAGGUCCUGCGAUUCCGGUGCAGCGCUCUAACCAACUGAGCUACAGAGGCCAGCUGUUAAGCUGUAACCGUAAGUUCAUGUAUAUAUAGGUAAUCGGGUGUGCGGGUUGUGAUAAGGUGGACUUCAAUAAUUAGGAUUCUUAUUUGGAUCACAAACCCUAACAUUCUAAUAUUAAUUCCACCAAGUGAAGUGCAAGAAUCCUAAUUAUUGAAGUCCACCUUAUCACAACCCGCACACCCGAUUACCUAUAUAUAUAUGAACUUACGGUUACAGUUCAACAGCUGGCCUCUGUAGCUCAGUUGGUUAGAGCGCUGCACCGGAAUCGCAGGGCCGUAGGUUCAAUUCCUACCAGAGGACCUUGUGCUGCAUUUUUCGCAGUCGUUCCUGGUUAGGUCUUAAAAUGUAUAUAUUCUCACUUGGAUCACAAACCCUAACAUUCUAAUAUUGUUCCAACACGUCCGAUACAGUCAUGAUAUAGCAAUAUUGUUAUGGCAACCUUGUGUCAUAAACCUUGUAACAUUCUUGUUUAUCAUGCCUGUAUCAGACAUGUAGGAACAACCUUGUUGCAAGUCUGAUAAUGCCAUCAAGCUUGCUACAAGUUUUUUGUUAACAGCUUGUUCCAAACUUGUGACAUUAACUGGGUUCAUUAAGCAGAUUGUGAACAGAUUUGUAACAAAUUGUUUGCAGAUUUGUAACAACUUGUGCGUUUUUACGUGUGCGUAGUUGGCAUGCGUAUGUGUGUUGUCAGUUCGUUGUACCAACUGUAGAUUGAAAUACAUAUCACCAAACUGUUGAGUUUAUAUAUAACGGGGAUGAACAUAUACUGCCUUCCUGAACAGCCGUCGGACGCUGCUGGGAGAGCAAAGUUACUAUAUAUACCACUGGUUUGAGGUAGUCAGACACGUACCAUACACGUGUAUUUCAGCACAAGUUGUUAUUCAUUUAAGUUGAUAUGUUGAGACUAAUGAAGCAAUGCAACUCUCUUUUUGGAUGUUUUCGUGCACUGGCAAAAUUUGUUGAAACGUUGUUCAAAAAAGUAGUAAUUAGCAUUUAGUAUAAUUUGAGGUAAAUACAGGGCAUGACAAGUUACUUUAAAUACUUCUCUUUAUGUUUUCAUUGCAGCUAUCCUACAUCAGAACAAAAGACCAUGUUGGCACAGCAAAUAGUUAAAAUAUACCCAGCAAGUGCAGAUAACACUCCUGGUAUGAAGGGAUAUGUAAGUGAAAUUUUGAAACUUGUAUGUGGGAGGUCACAUUGUACUCCUAUAACCAUAUUUACAUGUAGCUAUUUUAAAUUGUUUUCAACCAUAUACAUGAAUCCAUGCAUGCAGGGUUCUGUAAAAGGUGGGGUGCACAUUAAGUUUUAGAAAAUAAUCAAGACGUUGUGUAUGAUGUGUCAUGUGUGAUUAUAUGAUGUAAUAUUUAAAUAAUAUUUAUUGAAAAGUAACACAAAGUGUAUAUUAAUUAGUCUGCCCAUAGUCAAUAUAAUAAGAAGGCUAGGAUACUCGAUGAAGAUAUAAUAGACCUCUUUAUAAUAUGUUUUUAGCUUGGUUUAUGCUAGAAAUGGUAGGCUUGUCGUCGCGUCGCGUGUGUUGCUGGCGAAAAUACAAUACACACACGACGAUUAUAUCUGCAUCAAGUUCUCUAACCGUCUUGUUCUAUUGCCUAUGGUCUGUCUUCACUUAGAAUUUACCACUUUCAUGUCUACAAUUAUUUUCUGGAACCGCCAAUACUACAAUGUUGAUUUUUUUGAAGAAGUUAAACCUUUUCUAACUUAGGAACAUUUUUAUUGCAAUGGGCAUGGUUUUAUUGAAUAUCGCCUAAAAAAUGUGAGAACAGCAAGACCCCAGGAGAGCCGACGCAAGAAAAGAUGUGCAGUCAAAGAUGAGAUUUCUUCUAAUCAUAUAAUAAUUCCUGACCCAGGAAAGCCAGACGAAAUAAUAUUGACUCAAGAAUUAAAUGAGAAGGUUUGUAAUUGAAAUGUUGUAAUAGAUUUGAAUUUGUGCAACGUCAUCAUACUGUAAGACACAUGCAGAGACCUACUCUGUUUUGUUAAUACUACAACGCACCAAAUGAAAGCCUAAAACGAAGUCACUGUACUAUAACUUGUCUUCAAUUUUCCUAUAUAGAUUUGCUGGAUGAAAUACACUCCGCCAAGCAACGACAAGCACGCGACACAUGUUGAACAUUUUAAAGCCACUCAUCAACACCGGCGAAGUGCCAUCAAAGCGUCGCAAAUGACCAUUACAAGUAUCAUUGAAGAAUAUCCCAGAUUUAAGGAUAUGCCAGAUCUGGUACGUUUCAUGCAUGCAGGCACCUAUAUACCGUUACGUCAUGUGUACCGGCCUGGUUAAAGGUAACAACAGUUCAUAUAGGUUUCACUAGAAGCGUCAUUUAUACCCGGAGGAAAACGUUUUUCUAAUUGUUAUGAAGAGGUGGACUUUCUAGCUAACCAGCUGACGUAAUGAUAGAAAAGUAAUGCGACAGUGUGAAUUUGUAAAUGCCCCUCGUUUUUAUACAUAUGUUUCUGUUAUAAUUAUAGAUUAAUUUGGAGUUCCAAAUGAUGUUCCCGGAUGAGUGUGACAACUUUAUCACAAAAUGGGGGCCAUUUUUCCAAGCCAGGAUAAUUGCGUUGGGCAAGCAAGAUUAUCCGGCAGUUCAACAGCUGAUCAGCAUUAAAGGAGAAAGUAAGUACAGUCAUCACAUGCACACUCUUAUAGCAAUUCCAUGAUAAAAAAACAGAAUUAUGCAGCCCUCCAAUGUUUACCAAUCUACAAUGACCGGUUUCCCUUAUUUCGUAUUCUGAAUGCAACUACCAGCAUGCUUUUCGGACGUGCUAUAAUGAAGAAAAUACCGGUAAAGUAUCAUGAUGGUAUAGUUGUAUUCAGGAUACGUAAUAGGCGGAACCGGCUAUUACGAUAUCAAAUCGACUUUCGGCCCAGGGACAUGUUUUCGGCACAUCUUGUAUUUUGUGUUGUAUGUUUCGCCGUCCUCGUGCAACAUUGUCAUGCAUAACAUGCAUCAGCCAGAUCGAUACUCAGACCUUACUUUAAAUUUAAUUGAUUUGCUCAUUGAUUGUUGUAUAGGUGAUCUUUGUGCAUUACAUGUAUUGGCGUACAUGCUGCACAGGUCAAGUAGCAGAAAGAAAGGAAAAUCUGUUCCAGUCACGAGAGAUGGUGCAAUUUCCUAUUUGAUGCAAAAUGUUCCGGUAAGUGGCUAGUGCAGCAAAUAUAACAGGCAGUGGCCUUAACUCUUUUCAUCUCAAACUCAUAAUAAUUCAUGAGUAUAUUAGUCAACCAUAUGUUACUUUAUUUUGCUCACAUGAAUGACAUGAUAACGCUGGAUACCCGGUGAAGUAUAUUGAUCCAGUUCUAGGACAAUAAUUCACCUCACUUUAAGCAGGGUGCGAUAAUUCGCGUACUUACGUACCGGAACAACGUUACGGUAUGGCACUUCUGUCUUUUCAGUCACGUAUACUACGUAGGUAUACGCGGUACUGUUGUCUGUUGUUAUCUCCGUGCUUAACUUUUUGCUUGUACCAUUUGACCUGUGCAAGCCCAAGUUAUUCAAAUCAUAAUUUAGUUGGAAUAUGUGCAAGUCUGGCAUAACUUGGAAUUAAACCUGAUUGGACUGACAUGAUGAGAUGGGACUAAGGAAUGUUAGAGUCGAUUGUAGUGUUUGUGUAUGUAACUACUAGUUCAGAUUACUGAAUGAAUAUACCUUUCAGAAACUUGUACAUUAUGUACUUCAUCCUAAAGACUAUAAAUAUACCUUGAGUCUUAAGUUUGUACCAGCUAAUUAAAUACGCAGCAAUAAUCAUUGUAGUGCCAGUCAGGUACGGCUAAAAAGUUUGAUUUAUUACACCCUGUUUUAAGUAGUGAUUUAUUCGUAUGAGAUGGUCAUUUAAUUUAAAGCCCUCUAAUUCCCACUGGUCAACAUUUCAGGCCCCUCGCAUUUUGAUCCUGUCUUCUGCUUCGCCUCAGCCUUGAAAUAUUAAGUCCAGCAAUAAAGCAACAGCUUAUGUAAAAAGUACAUUGAGCACUGCAGUCUAUAUAUUAACUUAGUUUCUUAUUUCUUGUAGAGUGGAAGUGAUGUUGAAGCAGCAGCAAACAACAAGGAUGACGUAUAUACCCAACCAUUUCUGCUUUCAACAGGACAAGCAUCAAAGCCUGAUCAAUUCUUUCUAGUUUUAGAUAGGAUAGUCAUACCAUGUGGCCCAGACCUCAUCAAGAGCUUUGACAUCUUGUUCAAAGCGCACUACGUUUUUAACGUAGAGUACGCACCUCCCCUUCUCCAGUUUUGGGAGUUCGUAGCAUCUAUGAUUUAUGGGGUGAUUAAACCGUGCGAAACGGGCCCAACGGUAAGAGCUCUUGGCUCUUCAUGCAGGGAUGUUGAGUUUUAAAAUUUGACCUGCACGUUAUUAACACUGUUAUAUAAACAUGUUUUAUUUAUAUAUGAUAUCAACUCUUUUUUUAUAAAUUUAAACAACAUAAUACCCAAUUGUUGAGUGUUGUGAAACAAAUAUACAAACUAAUUUUAUACGUGAAUAUCUUGUGAAAGUAUUUAUCUUUUAAUUAAUGUUUUUUGUAAUGUGUAUAUAUUGUGUUUUCUUUCAGUCUAGAUGUUCGAUUGAUGAAGAAUCAGCCCUAUUUACGAUUGAAAUAGUCAAUCUGAUAGAUUGGCGAUUUUAA